AUGGCUGCUGAAUUAACCUCGAUCAAGCUCAACGCUGAGAGCCAUCUCAUUCUGGACCAACCCCUCCUCCGUGUACCACAUGAGCUUGCCCGACGCAAUUUCAAAUCAGUUCAACGAGCCGUCGAACGAGAGAAGGAAUAUGUGAUUCCGGCACUGAAAGAUGCAGCCAAUGCCGCGCUGUCCAAUACCCAAACGCCCGACCAGACCUUGGCGGCUCUGGAUGCGAUGAUAGCUCGCAUGCAGGGACUGAAACGGAAAAUGCAGAUUCUCCAGGAGGAAGAACAAAAGAUCCAGACUCAGUCCAAGAAACGAAUCCAGCAUCUGGAAGCGCUGCAUCAGAUCCCCAGCUUGGCAGAUGUCAAGUAUGACCAAUGGUCACGUGUGCGUCUGGAUCGGUUGCUGGUGGACCAUAUGCUGCGAUCGGGAUAUUCAGAGAGUGCGAAACAGUUGGCCAAGGAGAGAGAGAUUGAGGAUCUGGUGGAUGUGGAUGUCUUCACGCAAUGUCAACGGAUUGUGCAGAGCUUGCAUCGUGGUGAUACCAAGGAGGCGUUGCAGUGGUGCAGUGAGAAUAAAGCUGCGCUGAAGAAGAGCCAGCACAAUCUUGAAUUCGAACUUCGACUGCAACAGUUUGUUGAAUUGGUCCGGCCACAAGAUCCUCUCAAGAAGAUCGAGGCUAUCAGUCAUGCGAGAAAAUAUCUUGUCCCAAAUCAUGACCACGACAGCAAGGAACUCCAAAGAGCGGCUGGAAUGCUUGUUUUCAACGAGUCCACCAGAGUUGAACCAUACAAGACGCUUUUCUCUCCAGAUCGAUGGAAAGCGCUCGCAGAUCUCUUCAUUCGCACACACCACGAGCUCCUCUCCCUCCCAUCACAGCCACUUCUCCAUAUCGCACUCUCUGCCGGUCUCUCGGCGCUCAAGACCCCACUGUGUCACUCGGCCUUCACAUCAUCUAGUUCCAAUUCCCAGUCCACAACAACGUCUGUCUGUCCCAUCUGCUCCACCGAAUUGAAUGAGCUGGCGCGUAAAAUGCCCUACGCACAUCAUUCAAAGAGCUAUGUGGAGAACGACCCGAUCGUGCUUCCGAACGGGCGAAUCUACGGCAAGGCCCGGUUGUCGACUAUUAGCAAGAACACCGGAUCUGUUGAACCGGGCAAAGUCAAGGAUCCCACGACCGGCGAUGUCUAUGACGAGAGUGAGACGAAAAAGGUCUAUAUCAUGUAG